UCCCAUUUCUUCACACCGUUCCAGAACGACCAAUCCAGUAAUAUCUCCAAUUAGCUCCACCAUGAAGUUGCUUCUCGUCCUCGCUGCCUCCCUGGCAGUCGCCGCCGCCGGCACUGUCGACCCAGCCCUCAGCCUGGCCAUCCAACAAGGUUCCACCGAGGCGAUCCUUGCACUUCCCGCAAUCGUCGACCAAGUCCAGUCCAACCCAUCGCUCUUGUCCCUCUCUGGUGACGCCAAGGUGUCCGCCCUCGUCGCCUCCCUGCAAGGACUCACCUCCGCUGCACAGGCCCCUUACGUCCAGGUUGCUUCUUCCCUCGGCCUCGAGACCCAGACUUACUGGGGAUCCAACAUCAUCCACGUCAAGGGUUUGACCUCCCAGACUCUCGCCUCCUUGGCUGCCACCCCCGGAGAUUUCACCCUCCGCAAGGAAGUCACCGUCCGAAUGACCCCAUCCGUCAUCGUCGAGUCAAAGAACAUUAGCCAAGCCGCGCAAUGGGGUGUUGAGAAGAUCAGGGCACCAGAGGCCUGGGCUCGUACUCAAGGUGAGGGCAUCGUCGUUUGCAUCAUCGAUACCGGAGUUAAUCUUGGCCACGUUGCUCUCGCUGACGCGUACGGUGGUGCCUGGAGCGACCCGUACUACAACACUGCUGGACCAACUGACCAACAAGGACACGGAUCUCACUGCACUGGAACCAUUCUUGGACGUGCCAACGGUGUUGGUGUCGCCCCAGCUGCCCAAUGGGUCGCCUGCCGUGGACUUAACCACCAAGGAUCCGGAACUGAGGCUAACCUCAUCAAUUGCGCCCAAUGGGUCUUGACCGCCAACCCCAGACCAAACAUCGUCUCCAACUCGUGGGGCGGUGGUGGUAACGAUCCAUGGUACAACCAGGUUGUCUCUGCCUGGCGAACGGCUGAUAUCAUUCCAGUUUUCGCCAUCGGAAACUCAGGAUCCUCCUGCAGGUCCGUCAUCUCCCCUGGAGAUCAGCCCAACCUCAUCUCCGUCGGAGCCACCACUGACACCGACGCCAUGGCGACCUUCUCCUCCCGAGGACCCAACGCAGCAGGAGCACUCAAACCAGAAGUCUCCGCACCAGGGAACAACAUCGUAUCUUGCGGAACUGGAGCCAACAACUACGUCACCAUGUCCGGAACUUCAAUGGCCACCCCCCACACCGCUGGAGCCAUCGCUCUUCUCAUGUCCGCCAACCCAAGCUUUGGAUACGACGAGAUCCUCGAUGCCCUCUCCACCUCCGCAGCCCACCCAACCGUCUCCAGUGCUGACAGGAAUUGCGGACUUCCCGGACCUGGAGAUUUCCCCAACCAAGCUUUCGGUCACGGACGUAUCGAUAUUGCUGCUGCUCUUGGUCUUUAAAUUGAGUGAUCACAACUUGUUUUAAACAAACCAAAUUAUUUUCAAAUUGGAAUAUCCCCAUAAAUAAAAUUUAGUUUCAAAAAUAAUCAA